CCCCAACUUGCUCACCAGAAAGAUGUCAUGAGCCUGCCGAGUGGUUCUCCUUCCUUGGAUCGGACGCCUUCAGCACACAGCAGGUUCACUACCGCAGCAGUAUGGUGCUUCGAACGCCCGUUUGAGGGUCAAGACAUACGGCCGCCAGUUCGUGUGGUGAUAUUUGACUGCGAUGAGACGCUGACUUUGUCAACCUUCUUGCCGCAUGAUGAUGACCUCCGGUCAAAGCUGGAUUGGGAAUCUCAGUGGGCAGACUACAUUGCUGCAAUGAACUUUGAAUCACCGUUUGUGGUGUCGAGCAGAAGGGCACGGCUUGCCGAGAUGCUCCGAGAACUAGUUAAAGGCUGGAGCUGGACAAUUUCUGGCACAUGGCUUGUUGUGCCAUGCAGAUGGAGCUCAUGCACAUUCAUGCACACUUACUCUCAAGCGUUGGAAGACUUCAAAAGAUUCUUCAAAGCUGAAGGUAAUCGCCGAGUUCCUGGUCGGACAUUGGCUGUCCUGACUCGAAACAACAGCGGGGCAAUUGCUUGCCUCAAUUUGCUCAGGGCAGCAAAGCUGGACAGUUUCUUCAGUGCAGUCUGGGGAAUGUCUCCGUCUAUUGGAGUUCCUCUUGGCGUCUAUCGAUCUGCAAGCGGUUGGAAAAUCUUCGAGCCGCCGUUCCACUCCAUCCCGGACCACAAGGCACAUGUCCUCCACAGCAUUGCGGAGAAUCCUGGCAGCUGGUUCCCUCAGCUUUCGGAAGAUGUUGGCCUGCUCCCGGGCACUUUGAGGCCAGAAGAGAUUCUGCUGGUUGAUGAUGUCAGAACAAAUUUUCAGUGUGGCGGCAGCACCCCGAAGAAAGUCUUUCGCUGCUGCAAGGUAGCACGCUAUGAUGCCCCAUCCUUCCGUGAUAUGGGCUUUGUCAGGGAUAUGGGUGGCAUUGGUGCUCACAAUGAGGAGGACUACAAAACGCUCACAGACUUUGCCAACCGACCUUGGGCGUUCAAAGUUGACGACCGAGUCCAUUGCUGGCAAAGCAACUUGGAGCCUGCAGAGUCAACACUUCCCGUGAAACUGGUCAUUUUUGAUUUGGAUGGAGCUCUGACAUUGUACACCUUCAUGCCAGAGGACUCUGCAUGCAGCACAGAUUUGUUUUUCUCUGCGGACGACAUCUUGCACCACCGCUUCGUAGAGUAUAACUUUGAAACGCCAUACCUGGAAGGAAAUAGAGUGGCAAAGCUGAAGCAGCUUUUUGAUUGCUUGUGCGACGAUCCUGAAACUGGUGAGAGGCGAGUGCUUGCCAUACUUACCGUCAAUGAGGCUGGAGCAGUCGCUGUUCUAAAUCUGCUGCGAAUGGCCGGCCUGGCGGACCGUUUCAGCGCUAUUUGGACGCUGUCAGCUCGCUCGGGUCUGCCCGGUGGUGUAUACAAGGAGGUGAAUGAAUGGAAGACGUUUUCUUUGCCACAGCAGGAGGCCGAGGGUCACCUCAAGCACCAUGUGCUCGAAAGCGUAUUGAAGGAUCCAGCAGCUUGGUUUCCGCAAAUGUCAGGCGAUGCGCCCGAAAAUAGGCUGCUGGCUGGCUUGAGCCUGCCCCACAUAGUGCUUGUGGAUGAUGAACGGGAGAAUCUGAACCCGUCACAAGAGGAGUUUCAGGUUGGACGGCACUGUCGGGUAGCAAGCUAUGAUGAUGAAUAUCGUGAUCAGGGCUUGCUAUGGCGCAUGGGCGGGCUUGGAGCCCGCGACACGGAGGACUACCAAGCAUUGCAGUCCUUUGUGCGCCAGCCUUGGCACUUCAAUGAAGCCCCUGCACGACUUACCAGUAGCUUCAACUUCGGAGAACUCAGUGGGCAUGACUCUCAUGACACACAUCCAAUCCCGCUACAGCGAUCCAAGACCGAGGAGGACCUAGCUCAACGUUUCCCAGCGGCGAGGAAGCGGCGAGCUGAAACAUGUGGCUUAGAGUCAGACCUCCGUAGACCAUCAACGGCUGUGUGAGAGCGCUCAUCUCACCAAAGCCGAAGCUUGACUUACUGAGCCCUGCAGAGCCCUGCCGAGCCCUGCCGAGCCCUGCAGAGCCCUGCGCCUUCAUGGCAAGCGUUUGGCAACGGUUUAUCUUGCACAUCAAGCAGAUUCGUGCGAAGGCGUGCAAGCCAGCAGAAUUUGCUCGUUUCUCAUUCAUUAGAUUUCAAAUGGCAGAGGCCAUCUGGAGACAAAGGUUGCAAGAGGAA